CCCACAGGUCGAGGGUAGUAAACGCACUGGUGAUUUACAGAAUACUCGAGCGGCACCUGAAGGGGGUUGCGUUUAUACCACCAUGGCAGCUCCCACGCUGCAGGAACUCCAGACAUGGGACUUUGUUGUGAUUGGGCUUUACUUUCUGUUCGUCUUGUUAGUUGGACUUGGGUCUAUGUUCCGGUCAAACCGCGGCAGCACCGAGGGAUACUUCCUUGCUGGUGGCGCUAUGUUAUGGUUUCCUGUGGGAGCCUCCUUGUUUGCGAGCAACAUCGGUAGUGAGCAUUUCAUUGGACUGGCUGGUUCAGGAGCAGCAUCGGGCAUAGCAGUUGCAGCGUUCGAACUCAAUGCCCUAAUAAUUGUGCAGAUACUAGGAUGGGUGUUUCUUCCCGUCUACUUGGCGGGCGGAGUGUUCACCAUGCCUGACUACCUCCGCAAGCGGUUCGGCGGGAAACGCAUCCAGAUGUACACUGCCCUACUCUCGUUGACCCUGUACAUUUUCACCAAAAUAUCGGUUGAUCUAUACUCCGGAGCAUUAUUUAUUGAGCAGGCCCUGAAAUGGAAUCUCUAUGUUGCUAUUGUUUCUCUCUUGGCCAUCACAGCGCUGUACACUGUAACAGGUGGCCUUGCGGCAGUUAUUUUCACGGACACACUUCAGGCAAUCAUCAUGAUGGUUGGUGCUGGAAUACUCUGCGUGAUGAGUUUUAUUAAAGUGGGUGGGUAUGCGGGCCUGAAGGAGCAGUACCUGACGGCUUACGCCAACAUCUCCAUACUAGACCCCACUAACGAGUGUGGUAAACCUCCCAACGAUUCUUUCCACAUGCUGAGGGAGCCCUCCGAUGAUGAGUUGCCUUGGCCCGGUUUUGUCUUUGGACAGUCUGUGGCAUCCAUAUGGUACUGGGCCACUGACCAGGUCAUUGUGCAACGAGCUCUGUCGGCCAAGAACCUCUCCCAUGGCCAAGGCGGUACCCUGAUGGCUGGUAUCCUGAAGAUUUCCCCCAUGUUCUUCAUUGUCAUGCCCGGCAUGAUCAGUCGUGUGUUUUAUCCAGACAUAGUUGGCUGUGCUGACCCUGCCACAUGCAUGGCUGUCUGCAACAGCGAAGCAGGCUGCUCUAACUUGGCCUACCCACUCCUAGUCAUGGAUAUCCUGCCAACAGGACUGAGGGGUUUGAUGCUGGCCGUGAUGCUCUCAGCUCUCAUGAGCUCUCUGACCUCCAUCUUCAACAGCGGUAGCACUAUUUUCACCAUGGACGUCUGGCGCAAACUCCGCAGCUUCCCCAGCGAUGAGAAGAUGCGCUCGCUGGACAAGAAGACCCGGCGCCGGUGGGAACUGGAACUCAUGAUUGUUGGACGAGUGUUCGUUCUGGUGCUUGUGGGUGUCAGCAUUCUUUGGGUGCCAGUGGUCCAGUCCUCGCAGCAGGGCCAGCUCUUCCAGUAUAUCCAGCAGAUCUCUGCCUAUCUGUCUCCACCCAUUGCUGCUGUCUUCAUCCUGGCUAUCCUAUGGGAGCGCAUCAACGAGCAGGGUGCAUUCUGGUCACUCAUGGUAGGGCUGGCUGUAGGCCUGACACGCAUGAUCCUGGACUUUGUCUAUGCCAGCCCCGGGUGUGGCCAGCCAGAUGAACGGCCGGUGGUGGUGCAGAAGAUUCUGUUCCAUUAUAUGUAUUUUGCACUGCUGCUCUUUGGCCUGACUUGCCUGGUGGCCAUCUGCAUCAGCUACAUGACUGAGAAAGUGCCCCCACAUUACCUCUAUCGCCUGACUUACUUCACUCGCUUUAACACCAAAGAGCGCCAGGACAUCAACGACUUCAUCUAUGGACGCAAGGGGUCCUUCACCUCCUCCAACAAAGAACAUAGCAAGGACAAUAACGCAAAGGAAGAGAUUAAUGUCUAUAGACGCAAGGGAUCCUUCAACUCGGACUUUGAACAAGGCAUGGACAAUAUCGCGAUGGACGUGAUCGAAGUGCACAAAGGAGAGAUGGCUGAGGAGCCCCCCACCUAUGAUGAGAAGGGCAAUUAUGACAAAAAGGAAAACGGCUUGGAGGCACCGGAUGAUUUAAGCAUCAGCCGAUCUGAGUCGGGCUCUAGUGAAGCUGAGCAUCACUCCCUCUUCCGCAAGUUCUAUGACUGGUUCUGUGGUUUCUCCACCAAUGACCCCGAGGCCGAGAUGACGGAGGAGCAGAAGAGGGCGGAGGAACUCAAGCUCCUAGCCAAGCUCCACCAGACCAAGUUCCAGAAGGCCAUCCUCAACAUCUUCCUGAUGAUUGUCUUGUGCAUUGCCGUGUUCAUGUACAGCUUCUGGGCAUGAGGAGCUUGGUAUCCGAGCAAUUCGGCAGACACAUUUCAACUUGUCAAACAUAAAUUUAGCUGGAAAAAAUUCCCAAGCUACAGUGGUGUAGUCAAGUAUAUGACAAGAACUCUAAGUAUUUGACAAGUACCUCACAAGUACUUCACAAGCACCUGACAAGUACUUCACACCCACAGCAUAAGUACCUCACAAGUACUUCACAAGCACCUCACAAGUACUGCCAAGUACUGGUACAUGUACAUAUGUACUCAAAAUUGUUCCACAAUUGUUCAAAUGUCUCCACAAGCACGAUGAGAGCCACGAGCUAUCCGUGUAAAACUGCUGCAAAGACAUUCCUCAGAUAGUUUUCACUCACUGCAAGUACAGCAGGUGCUUGUGAAAGCACUUGAGACUAUUGGUGGAAAGUGCUUGUGAAGCAAUGGUAAAUAAGACUGAAAAGCUGCACAACAUAUAAAAGUUGGGGCUGGUAAGUUAUUCUUGCGAUGCUAAACUUUUCUUGCUUAGAAACUUUGUUCACUUGCUGAAUGAAACUGCCCAUAAAAAUCUGGAUAACAGAAGUAUAUGUACACGCAAUAACAAAUUCUGGCCCGAAUUCUGCCACAUUCUGAGGAACUAUAUGUAGGCAAUAAGAACUACAUGAAAGUGGAUAAUUGUCAACACUUAUUUGCUUCAGUGUUUGGCCUGUUUGCAAAACAUGACAGCUUACAAUGCCCUGUGAUAAGUUGUGAGUUUGAAAAAAAUCAUCUAAGGGGAAAUCAUGAUCUCAGAAUAAAUGUAUGUUCCCUGAAAAUAAUAUGAAAUCAGGUGACCAUUUUACUCGGGCCAGAGUUAAUUAACAGAGUUGCUCAACUGGGGAAAAUUUCUGAGUCGAUUUUAACAGAAAAAAAAUCAGGAAAAACUGAGUUAAAUUCAGUAAAGAACAAUGAACGAUGGUAUGGUAAUGUUGGACUUGUUAGGCACUUUUUUCCUACUUUGAAAGGCAGCUGAGAUAAAAGAUGACAUGCCUCCCAAAUCCUACAAACUUGAAUGCAGUGGUUUAUUUGCAGGGAUUUGAUAGAAUCUGACCUUUCAGCCAAGCUAUAAUAACUUUAAAUUAGGGCUCAAUAUUCCUCUUUCGAUUAAACAAGACCAAAAGGUGAAUAUUUGUUUCACUGCACAAUGCUCAGGGAGUCGGUGUAAAUUAAUUUGUUAGAAGGUUCCAUACAGAUUUAAAACAAAGCUGCAAUAUGUAAUAUCGCCGCUGUUUGGCAUGCAGUUUGACAAGGUAUAAAAAUGAUAAGAUCCAAAUAUUAUCUUUAGAUUGGCAACGUCAAAAGUCAGCUUUAGAUGUUUUUUGGCAUUACUUGUUAUUGAUUUCGCAUCAUGCACUGUUACAUUCACGUACAUGUAAAUAUGCAAGCAUGAUUUUCCAUCUUUUGAGAAAUGUAGAAGUAAUGAACAAUGUCGUCUCUAGUUCUGUCUCAACCUCUCCAUCCUUAUUAUUGACCCUUAUGCAAAGUUUUUAACAAAUGACAAUUGACCGAUUUCAGUCACAGGCCAAUACUACUUGUAGUAUAAGGAUUAUGUCAUACAGGGUGCGUUCGCGUUGUUACUCCUGUUAACAUGAGUAGGAUGCGUGCGCAUUACACUCAGGUGUAGGUAUAUACUCCCACAUAUACUCUCGCUGACCAACGAGUCGUACUCCAGCCAUUCGAGCGCUCAGGAGUAUACUCGUGUAAACACGAGUAGCUCGCUCGAACAUGCCCAAUAGGUCAAUCAUAGGAAACUGGCGUCAUGAACUUUCCCCAAGACACUUCAAUUUCCCAUGAUUUACUGAAGAAUUUCCAUGAAAUGUCAGAAAAAAACAUGCACUUUGGUCUCCCUGCAAGAGUUUUAUAAUAAGUGGGGUGUCUAGAGAGUUUUCUGUAGCACCACCACUUUGUUGGAUACAAAUGUAAAAAGCAUGAAAACUUCUGCUGGUCAGAAGCCCUCACCCGGUUUUGUCAAGUCACACCUUUGGACACUCAAUUUCAAAUUCUGGCAGAAAUCCUAUCCCCUGAUAGUUCAUUUCUUCAGCUUGCUGUGCAAUCAGUUGCCUCCUAGUUGUCUGAGAAAAAGUUGCCUUGUCUACAUAGAGCCAAACAGACAUCUGGUCGUUACUGGCGAUGUUUUUCACCAUUACUAGAGCAUCACUAGCUAGCUGUCUAGAGCACCAAUAGUGUAUAGCAGGAUGAAACACUCAGAUUUUAGAUAAAAAAUAAAGGUGAUUAUAGCAAAAUGACAAUUAACACAAAAACUUGCAGUUUUGUGCUGCAACAUCUCUUUACAACAAAGUUCACCAGAACUGUGUAUUUUUAUAAGUCAGUUGCCAUACGCUUCCAGACAUGCAACUCUUCAAAAAUAAAAUUCAAGAAAAUUUUAUGUCAUACUACUGUUAAUUUUACUGCCAGGCUGCAAGUUUAUUGUAAUAAGUCGACUCUCAGCUCUUGUACAAAAUAAUUUCUUCAGACAAGCUUUACAUUUACCUCUAAUUAUCUUUACAAAAGUAGUGCCUUCUUUUGUUUUACUGAAGGUGUCAACUCGAUGCACAUUCAUGAUUGCUCUGAGCAGUGGCGCAACUCAGAUGAAAUUCCAAAGAGCACCUGGGAAUUCACAGCUGUUAGGGGCAGCGAAAGCUGACGCACUGGGGUUAACAUAGGUUGGGUACAUUUCAAAAUUUCAUAUGGGGGGGAGGAGACACCUGGGGGCACAGACUUCCAUUGUUCCCCCCUCCCCAUCCCCCAUUACACCACUGGUGCUAGCUGAUUCACGUUUUGCAUAUCUUAAUACUAACUUGUUAAUUCAGGAAGCAACAGACCUCUUUCCUGUGAUGUCAUAAUUGUGCUGGACCACAAUGUGUUGUGAUGGUAAUGAGUGCAUAGUGUUGUGAUGGUAAUCUACUUAUUCAAGAUAAACUAGUCAAGCAUGCAGCAUCCACAGUUGAAGUUACCCAUAGGAAUACGUGUGAUCACCAUGGCUACGGUGGUCCACACGUGGUGGUAUUCUAUUACAUUUAGAGCAAUCCAGUCAAAGGUCUAUAUUUAAUGAUGGAAAGUAUGCAACUUGUAGAGCCAAAAUGAUGACACCGUGAGUCUAGAUCCAUAACUGCUUGGUGAUUUUGGGGUGUUACGUCUGGUGCCCGGGUACAUAUUAUAGAAAAUUUUCUCCCUUAUUUCAAAGAGAAUAUAUUGUACAUGCGAGAAGACACUACUUAUCAAAUGCUAUAUCAUUACACAAAGGCUGAAAAAUAAUUAUCCAGCUCUGUCAACGUACGCUGACUUUUUCUUGUGUCUGUUACAAAUUUGGGCUACUCAACAAAUGCCUGUCAAAGACUGCAAACAACAUUCAAUCUCUUACAAAGGAAAAUAAAUAAUCCAAAAAAGUGAUGGCUACUUAUUAAAAACAAUGGAGCAUCUGAUAGCAUUUCAUUCUGUACAAUGUAUAUACAGGUGUUUGAGACAAAUUUUCUGACAGUCUGUUUUCAUGUUUGUUUCGAGGGGGCAUCUUUGUUUUGUUCUGUUUUCUCCAAUAGUUUCCAGUGGAAGUAUUCAAAAAUACCACGAAAUGUAACAUCUCAGUAACAAAUUGAAUGCGAUUUAAACGCUUUCCACGUGUUUGCAUUUGCAACUCUGUUCUUGCACAAAUUAACACAGCCAUAGUUUGAGGGGGAAAUCUUGUAAAUGACACAACCUGUUCAAUAAAUGCAUGAGAAAGAUCUA